CGUGUCGCGCAUCCAUAUUCAUUCCACGCCACCGAACUCAAUGGCGGACCAAGCACGAGAGCCGCUGACGAAGAAAGCCAAGGUUGAUGCGAAGACGUCGGUCCUCCAUCCAGACCUGCUGCAGUCGUCUGCGGCCGCGCGCGCGGCGGUCCAGGCGGCCUACGCGACGACGAAGCCGUAUCCGCACUACCAGAUCCCGGCGCUGUGCACGCGCGAGCACAUGAACAAGGUGCAUCACGAGUGCAUUACGCACCUCGAGGGCAACUUCAAGGAGACGGACCUUUUCAAGCUCUACCAGACAAUCGACCUCGGGAACCUAAAGACGUCGGACAAGAUCGCAAAGCAUCUGCCUGCGCUCCUUGAGCUGCGCGACGCCCUCUAUGGCAAGGAGUUUCGCGAGUACAUUACGUCGAUCACGGGCUGCCCGCCCCUGACGGACAAGGUGGACUGCGCCGCAAACGUGUACAUGCAAGGCUGUCAUCUCUUGCCUCACGACGAUGUCAUCGGCACACGCUGCGUGAGCUACGUCAUCUAUCUCAGCGACCCUGACGACGAUUGGACGGCCGCGGACGGUGGCAGCCUCGAACUGUACCCGUCGAUGGCGUCGAACGACCGCGUGCCCGAUUUGGUUCCGACGGCAUUUGCUCUCCCCACGUACAACACGAUGGCGCUUUUCACGGUCAUCCCCGGCGUGAGCUUUCACUCGGUCCAGGAAGUCUAUGCGGAGAAGCCCCGUCUCUCCAUCCAAGGCUGGUUCCACCAGGCUGUCGCGCCCGCCGGCGUUGACGCUGCCACGCAAGAGCAACUCUCUGUUUUGCGUCAGCACGUGUCGCCAUUCGACGAACUCCCCAUGGAUAGCAUCGUGCAGAAUCCGCAACUGACGAGCGACGACCUGGCGUUUCUCCGUGCCUUUGUGAACCCGAUCUACCUCACUAUGCGCACGAUUGGCGACAUCCAAUCAUCGUUUCGUUCCAGCGGAAGUCUCCAGCUGCACGAUUUUUUGAAGUCCGACUUGGCCGAUGCGAUUGCGACGGCCACGCAUGGUGCUGACGAUGCUGCACAACUGGGAUCCGGGCAGGUCCCGCAGUAUACGGCUGGCUACGGAGAAGACUGGGACCCUCGUGGCCCCGUGCAUCUCCAGCGGUACCUCGCGUACGUUGGUGAGGGUGACAAGAGCAGCGGCGCGAGCGCGGGCCAGCUCCUCGGUCAUGUCAAGGACAAGCUCGUGGCGUCGCCGCCUUUCCAGAAGUUUAUUUGGCUCCUCACGGGGUUUCUGCCCACAGGUGCGCGCAGCCAAGUGCGCCGGUUCCGCGCCGGCUUGGACUAUACGCUCGCACACGAGCAAACGCUCCCGACAGAAACCCUCUUGGACCUCGUGCUGUGCUUUGCCAACUGCCGCGAUGCCGACGCCAAGGAGGCAUGGAGCAGUGGCGACGUGGGUGGCUUCGAGUGUUACCAAUCCGCUGAGGAGGAUGGCCUCGGCGACGUUGCCAAGGGCCUCCAAGAAGACGACGACGAUGACGAUGCGCUGGUCACGGUACACGCCCAACACAACACGCUCAACCUCGUGCUGCACGACGAGAACACGAUGAAGUUUGUCAAGUUUGUGAGCGUCCGGGCGCCGGGAAGCCGCUGGGACGUCAGCGUUGAGUACACGAUUGCACAAGUUGAGCUCGACGAGACCGAGGCAGACAAAGAAUAGACGCCAAAUUCAGUGCUGUGUGCUCU